GAUUUGUUGUGCGCACUGAGCACGACAUACCGUUGUUCAUGUUCUACUUUUUCGUUUCAGUAUCGUCCGUCCUGCUGUACGGUGUCAUGUAAGCCUGAGGCAUGUCGUAGCUUAGAUGCCGCUCUUCCUCCUGUCUGGGGCCGCCCUCCCGUUCGAAGCAGUUGCGUUUCGAUUUGAUCCUCAGUCAUCGACUAAGCUAUAAGCGUGUGCGGAGGCGGCGUGAGAUUCGAACCGAUGUGGCUGUUUUCCCCUAGGCUUCAGGCUCUAGACGGAUCACCUGCUCUCCUGACGUCUUUUCCCACUGAAAGCGGUAGUGGUCCUUUGCAUACCACGC